GCCGCUGCCCGCCCCUCCCUCGCCCCAACCUCGAGCCAGAAACCACCUGGCCGGCGGAGGGGCGAGUCUCUCCCCUAAUUCUGCCGUCCGGGCGCUGCGCCACUAACCUGCCAGCCAAAGGCGACGAGGGGAGAGAGGAGAGAGGAGAUCGCCAGCCGCCUUCCUCCGACGCCCGCGAUCCUCCGCCCCCCACCCUACCCAGGACCCCUCUCCGCCCCCUCGGAACCGGCGUGGAGGAAGCCUCCGGUCCUGCUCCCUCGCCGCAGACGCCGCGCACCGCCAUGAGUCACCGCCGCCGCCGGGUCUCCUCGGGCUCUGGGCAGCCCCGGCUGCUUCUCGCAGCGACAGGAGCUUCGGUGACCGUCUAACUCCGCCGCCGCACCGCCGAGGAAGAAGGAGGAGGAGCUGCAAGGCGGGCAGGAAGCAGGCGGCGGCGGCGACGGGGGCUCCGUCCACCCGUCCCCUGCGCCCCGCAGAGAUGCCCAAGCGGGGAUAGCAUGGCCCGGCGCCCCGGACGGCUCCUUCUGUGCCGCCGCCUCGUCGGGCUGCUGGCCGGCGUCGCCGCCAUGCUUCUGCUGCCGCUACUGCAGGCGGGCCGGAGCUGCCCGUCGUGCUUCUGCUUCGCCACGCCGGACACCGUGCAGUGCCGCUACGUGCGCCUCCUCGAGCCCCCCGACGAGCUGCCCCGGGCCGUGCACAACCUCUCCAUCGUCGGCGGCAACCUGACGGUGCUGCGCACGGCCGCCUUCGCUGGAGGCUGGGCCCGCGGCGAGCCCGUUCGGCCGCUGGGCAACUUGACGCUGCUGGUACUGACGCACAACCACAUCGAGACGCUGGAGGAGGCGACCUUCGCCGGCCUCCCCUCUCUGGCCACGCUGGACCUGAGCCACAACCCGUUGCGCUCCGUAGCGCCGGGCGCCUUUGCCUCUUGCGCGCGGUUGCGCACGCUGCGCCUCAACCAGGCGCUGCUGGCGCCCGGGGCGCCGCCCUUCGCCGAGCUGUUGGACGGCGCGCUCUUGAACCUCAGCCUGGUGCGCCUGGAGCUGGCCGGCAAUCGGCUGCGGCAGCUGCCGGCCCCCUGGGCCCUGCCGCCGGGCUUGGAGGAGCUGGACUUGCGCAACAACUCCCUGCGGGCGCUGCGCUCCGAGCGCCUGGACGCCUUGGCGGCGCUGGGCCGCGUGCGGCUGCUGCUGGACUCGAACCCGCUGCACUGCGAUUGCGCCUCGCUGCGGCCCCUGCUGCUCUGGCUGCGCAACGCCACGUGGCGCGCUCCCGGGGUGCGCCGGCUGCGCUGCGCCUCGCCGCCGCAGCUGCGGGACCGGCUGCUGUGGCGCCUACGGCUCCUGCAGCUGGAAUGCCUCGACGGCGCGGACUGGGCGCUGCUGGAGCCCGGCGGCGCCGAGGAAGAGGAGAUGGAGACGGCCUCGUACGUCUUCUUCGGCAUCGUCCUGGCGCUCAUCGGCGUCGUCUUCCUCAUGGUGCUCUACCUCAACCGAAAGGGCAUCAAGCGGUGGCUCAGCAAUCUCCGAGAAGCCUGCCGGGACCAGAUGGAGGGGUAUCACUACCGCUAUGAGCAGGACAGCGACCCGCGACGGGCCAGCCCCGGAGACCUCUGAGGCAAGCUGGCAGCAGGCCUGGGGAGCUUCAUCCCCCCCCCAAAAAAAAACAACUUGAGAAGGGCGGUGGUGACACCUUCCUUUCUGGUCUUCCAAAGUGGGGGGGAUGGACGGACAAGUGGAAACCCACUACCCAGCUCUGCAAACUUGUCCAAAACUCUACCUGUUUGGGGGGGGUGCAGGGACAUCGCCCCAGGCCUGGUGCAGAGGACCCCCUCAACCCCAAGGGUGGAUCACGACUGGCUCUGCAGGCACCCUAAAGCCAGCCUCGAGGGGACUGUGUGGGCAAUCUCUCCCCCACCUCCCACAAACCAAAGGGACACGUUUUCCAGUUGCACCCUACUUGGGGGCACUCAGCUUUUUACCCACUAAGGUACGCCCAGCCCUCCCAACAUGGGGUGUGCGUGUGCUUUGUCUAAUUAUAAUUUAAAAUGCCUCCCAAACCGUCACCCGCUAAGAAGGAAUCUCCCCAUUCUGGACACAGGACUAUGCAGCGAUAGGCUCCAAUCUGGGGAGAACUGGGAGUGUUAGGAAUUAUUUGGCCCCAAUUCUAAUCUGCCCCCAAAUAGGGGGAAAGCUGGGAUCCUGAGCAGACUUCCCUGGAAGUGAGUCCUGUUGAACUAAAAUCGGACUUGCUGCCAAGUAAACAUGUAAAAAAAACCUGGUGCAUGAAAACCCCACAUUAUUCUGCCUGCAGCUAACCCAUUGCCCCAUCCUCAGCUCUAGGCGCAGGAGAAGGCUGACACAGCAGUCACCUUGGCAUGGUCAGGAUUGAUUCCUUACAGACCUCCAAGCUUCAGGGAACAACAGGUUUAUAGCAGAAUCAUCUCCCCUUCUGCUCCCAAACACACACACUCGCCACCAUGACAUUCUUCUAGCAGAGAAAGGUCUUGCUGCCUUGCUUUUGAGUAGUCCCACUGAAAUUGACAAAUUACUCCAGAGUCAGUAGUUCGCCAAAGAAAGGCUGUUGAGCUGCCAUCUUCAAACAGCUUCUUUCUGGAGUAGGCCCAUGGAUUUCAGUGUCGCUAUUGUACAAGUAAGUGGAUUUAGGGUGGCAGUUUAAUUGCCUUUAGAACUGCAUUGCGGGGGGGGGGGUGUCCCCUGGAAUCACUGGGCAGUGAGAAAAAAGUUUAAAGCUGACCUUUCUCUUUCGCCUCUCUCCAUCAGCUGUAGCCCCCUGUGUUUAAGGAACAAGGGGGCGGGGAUCUUGCAUCCAGUGCUAGCCUUACUCAGAGUAGACCUAAUGGAAUCAAUGGGCAUGACUAACUCAGGCUCAUUGAUUCCAGAGGGUCUACGCUGCUAGCUUUGGGUGCAACCUGCAGCCACGGUCUUCAUGGUUGGAGAAAGAAAUGGGGGGAAACCCUGGACACAUAAAACUUGGAUUUUCUCCGGGAGAGCAAGAAAACUCUAUUCCCUUUCUCCUUUGCACAGCCCGUUUCCUCCAGCAAAGCCAGUUUUCCCUGGCAAAAGAGAGGGAUACCAAAUCCUGCUUGGCUCUAAACAAAUCGAGGCCGUCCCUCUGGGGUGAGUUUGUCCCCUGACAGCAACUGAGUCCAAUAGGGCUCCAUUAGCUGGAACCCUGCAACCCCAACACGCCCCCUGCUUUUACUGUCGUCAGUUGAAGCUGACUCAGUUCUCUUCAACUCACCCCCCAACCCCCCAAAAAUACUAUUUCUGUUUCCCAGCCACCAAAGAGCUACUACCCAACUGUUAGGCAGCUCAGCACAGAAACAUUUGCGGAGGAAGGACCUGACCUGAGAGAGAGAGAGAGAGAGGGAUGUAAUUUUCUCUUUGCUUCCCUUCGAGGAAAUUAAUGGUUGGUUGUGCUCCCCCCUGCCCUACAGAAGAGAAUGCAAAUGUUCAACAGUAGCAAACCCUCCCCACUUAGACUGGCUGGCUGGUUGCAUGACUCCGAAGCACGCAUAAAAUACGAAGACUUAAUUUCCCAAACUGUGAAGUAAUGACAGAUGACGUAGAUUAGGGCCAUUUUCGCUGAUCUUUGCAUCAGGUGGGGGAGGGGGGUUUGAAACGCUCGUUCUAGUUCAUUCUUCCACAAGUUUGCUUUAGAACAGUGCCUGUUAGCGUGGUUUUUGGGCAUGGCAGGAUGAGCUCCCAGCCCGGUGCGCUGCAGUUCCUCUGGCUGGUGGCGCUACCUGUCAUGCUGAAAGCCGCUGUUAGUCUCUGCCUAGAGCAAAGAAAUUGAAAUUUGCAUCUCUUAACUGUAUUGUACUUUUUUCUAUAAAGCUUAUUGCAAUAAUUUCAGAAUA